CACAGUUUCAGAGCUCUUGUCUGUCUCCGUUCUGCCUCAGUUCCUCAGCACUGUUCCUGUGCUCAUUCUUGUCACCUGGGGACCCCACAAGGUGUGCUCUGAAAAGGAAAUGUUCCAGACUGGAACCGUGAUCCUGAGAGCCCUCUCCCUGGCUUUCCUGCUGAGUCUUCAAGGAGCUGGGGCCAUAGAGGUGGACCAUGUAAUAAGCUUUGCCAUGUUUGCCCAGACCAAUGCUCCAACUGGGGAGUUUAUGUAUGAAUUUGAUGAGGAUGAGAUGUUCUACGUGGAUCGGGACAAGAAGGAGACCAUCUGGCAACUGUCUGAGUUUGGCCGAGGCCUUUCCUUUGAUUCUCAGGGCGGGCUGACUAACAUUGCUAUAGCAAAGUCAAACCUGGAUAUCAUGACGGAGAACUCCAAUCACACCCAGGCCGCCAGCGAGCCUCCCGAGGUGACUGUGUUUCCCAAGAAGCCUGUGGAGCUGGGCCAGCCCAACACCCUCAUCUGCCACGUGGACAGAUUCUUCCCUCCAGUGCUCAAUGUCACGUGGCUGCGCAACGGGCAGCCUGUCACCGAGGGUGUUUCUGAGUCUGUCUUCCUGCCCAGAACAGACUACAAUUUCCACAAGUUCCACUACCUGACCUUCGUGCCCUCAGAUGAGGACGUCUAUGACUGCAAGGUGGAGCACUGGGGCCUGCAGGAGCCGAGCCUCAACCACUGGGAGGCCCAGGAGCCGGUCCAGGUGACAGAGGCAACAGAGACUGUGGUCUGUGCCCUGGGCCUGGUGGUGGGCCUGGUGGGCAUCAUUACAGGCACAGUGCUCAUCACGAGGGCUCUGCGUUCCAGCCGUGACCCCCGGGCCCAGGGACCCCUGUGACAAAAUUCCUGAAAAGAAGAGGGCUUCGGAGAGAUCUGAAUUCUAGCUGCCCUAUGGAUGCUAGUCUCAGCUUUCCUUCUCAAUUCCUGUGCUUUCUAUCCCACUGACUAACUUUCUUGCUAGCCCUUCAAGUCCUUAUUUGCAACCUUAAAGUCCUCAGCCCUUGAUACAGUUCCAAAAAAAUGGAAUGUAAUGAAUAAGUGUUGAUAUUUUUGUAGCACUGGCAUGGAGAUUAUCCCUUUAGUGGGCUUCAUGUCUUCUGGACUCCUUUGAAAAACCUUCCAAUGCCUGCUUCCUAAAAACACCCUAAGACCAAUAAAAUUUUCACUGUUUCGUAUCUGA